AUGUCCCUCCAAACCUUCCACCUCUUUUCCGCCCUUCCAAAAGAACUUCGCGAUCUAAUCUGGCUUCAUGCUCUUCCUCCCCCUCGUAUAGUAGGAGUUGAGGAAACUUUUGAAACACUUUCCCAAUUUGAGAAGAGAACUUUUGGAAAAGAAAUCGAUGAUGGGGAUGUUCAUCCCGAUUUGGAGUAUUUUGGAAUCGAUAUGAUGGCACCGAUGAUACAGGAAUUUGUGUUGGAUAAUGGGUUUGAUGUUGAGAUUGGAGAUGUGGAGUUUGGGAGAGAAGCAGAAGCUCAAAGUUGGAAGGAGAAGGGAAAAGAGAAAAGAGAGUUCGUACCGUUAUAUCUGAAAUCAACGGACCCUCAUUACCGACAAGGAAUCACUCCCUCCCGACUUUCUGAACCUCUUCUCUACUCCUACUACCAAGCCACCCGCCGCGGAUUUCUCUAUUCCCAUUCCCCUAUCCCCUGUCUCCUAAAAACAUGUCGUGAUUCUCGCUCCUGCAUGCAACGUCUCGGCUACACCCUCACAUUUUCCACUCGCACCUCCCCUCCUCGCAUCUGGUUCAACUACACGCAAGACAUCCUCUUUCUCCGCGCUCUCGAUUCCGACAUCAACGAAGGAACGAUGUCGGAGCUGGUCGACGGCACCGGAACCAACAUCGGACAAUUCCGUCCUGCCGAAUUCACACAGGUGAGACGGCUCGCGCUCGAUUUCUCAAAGUGGAUAAGUUGGGACGAACACUGGCAGUAUGAGAUCUUGCGAGUGGUGAAACUAUUUCGGAAUUUGGAUGAGUUGUUCUUGGUACUGAAUUGCGAUUGGUGGUUCCAGGAUAUUCGUGGGGGGUUUGUUACGGGAUUGCCUAAACAUCCUACUUUUGCAUCUGCGUCUUCUUCGCCUACUCAUCCGUAUUUUUCUCCUGAUUCUGCGUCCUCGCGUCCUUUUCCUAUUGCAGAGCAUUGGAAAUCAGGAGGUGGAAUAGAUUGGAGUCAUGGUGGUGGAACCACGUUGAAAACUCCUGCGAAUUCGUCUUUUCCGUGGGGAUUUAGAAAGAUAGAAAAUGAAGGGGAUUUUUGGAGAAAUUAUGUGACCCCUACGCCUGGAACUUUUGCGCUGACGAAUGAUGGGAAUUAUCGAUUUAAGAUUCGGGAGUUUGAGAGGAGGGGGGAGGGGAAUGGGAAUGCGAGGGGAGAGAGGAAGGAUUUUUUCCGGGAGUGGAAGAAAGAGGUAGAGGAGAGUUUGAGGGAGAAGUGGGAGGAGGAUGGAGAGAAAGGUGGUGGGGAGUGGAGAGUUCCUAAGAUAAGGUUGGUUCUUUUGAGACAGGAGGAGGGUUUGGAUAAUAUCUGA